AUGGAUGACAUCUACAAGGCAGCGGUUGAGCAGCUGACAGAAGAACAAAAAAAUGGUAGGUGCAUCUUUAAUCUGACACUGCGGGCGGAAGCCAAACCCGCUAGCAGUGCACCCCACGCCGGGCAGACCCUGGGCAGCGCGGGGGACGCGGGGAGCGGUGCCCGGUGGAAGCCCGCUGCCUCGGGGCUGCCCGCGCAGCAGGACUGCGGCAGGGGAGGACUGCGUUGUCUAACUGUGUUUAUUCUGCCUACAGGCAGCGGCACCGUAGACUUUGAUGAGUUCCUAGUUAUGAUGGUCCGAUGCAUGAAAGAUGACAGCAAAGGAAAAUCCGAAGAGGAACUCUCCGAUCUCUUCAGGAUGUUUGACAAAAAUGCUGAUGGCUACAUUGACCUCGAGGAACUGAAGAUCAUGCUGCAGGCAACAGGGGAGACCAUCACAGAGGAUGACAUAGAAGAACUGAUGAAAGAUGGGGAUAAAAACAACGACGGCAAGAUCGACUAUGACGAGUUCCUGGAGUUUAUGAAGGGCGUUGAAUAAACCUGAAAGAAGAUCUACAGCCUGAAUCUUUUAAAUCCUUCCAGUGUCCUUGUCUCAUCUACUUGGUUAUGUCCCCUUGGCUGCUAGCAUGAAGACUAAGUGCUGAAAAGAGUGGCCAUCAGGAAAAUAAAACACUUUAAUAUCGACUGCCUCCAAUGGUCAUUCCUUGGAGAUUUAGUAAGAGAGCUUUACCGUGGUUCUGUGUUCAUGAUUAACAGCGCUGCUCCUUGGAGCAAUACCAAGAGUCUGAGAGCCAAGUCUUGACAGAUCAUGAGAAGGCAAUAUAACAGUUGUAGCUUUAAGCCUGUGAGGAGCAUUUUGCCUGUAGUCUAGUUACAACCAUCAGCAAAUCAGGGCUGUGAGCGUGCAGUACGGUGCUGCCCCACAACGCGUUUCCUUGCUGCCUGCUGCUGCUCCUGCACCCCGGCCGGGC